GCUGGUUCGUACAUAUUGUGAUUGGGAUUGGAUUUUGGAAGUUAUAUCCUGAAGUAAAUUGUAGUCUGUUAUGCGUUUUGUCAAAGUGUGAUCAAAUUCUUUGUUAACUUGCCAAGAAAAAAUUAAUAAAUAUUCUGAAAUAAUGUUUGGUGAUUUCAAAUGAAAAAUGUAAUACCUGCUACAUUUGAUAGAGAAGUAUUUUAAUAGUUGUUUAGGCCGAGUGUAGAAAUGUGGGUAAAACCAAAGGAGGUUCUAAUAGCGAAUGCGUUUUGGACCACAGAACAAGCAAGUCUGUACUUUGUGCUGCAGCGUCGGAAAGGUCAUGGCAAGACUUCAAGUUUCACUUCACUAUUUGUUGGAACCAUAGACAGUGUUUUCGACACAAAGCCACCUCCGUACAGAAUACUCCAUCAGACACCGACAUCGGAAGUUUACUACCUGGUGGCAUGUUCGCUGACGCUAGCGGAGAUACAGCAAGACUGGCAAUGGCUGCAGGAGAACCUGGACUGUCUGUCGUCGUUCGAGAAGGAGGAAGACGUCACCGACUUUGUCUGUUGCAAAAUAAAAUCCAUGAUCGCCAACUCACAGAAUGAAGCUAUCGCUUUUGAAGAUGAAGAAACCAAGAAAUUCAAGCAGGCAACAACGAAAUUCAGGAGGACGUUUAAUUUACCACAAGAGGACAGGCUUGUGAGCUACUACUCAUGCAGUUACCUGAGGGGACGUCUGCCGUUUCAAGGCUGGAUGUAUCUGUCUGUCUGUCACCUCUGUUUCUACGCUUAUAUCCUGGGCCGGGAAAAGCGUAUUGUCAUUCGCUGGUCAGACGUCAUCGAGCUGGAGAAAACCAGUGGAUACUUGUUCCCGGACUCGAUCCGGAUAGCCACACGGGACAAGACGUAUUACUUCUCCAUGUUUUUACACAAUGCAGAAACCUACUCACUUAUGACUCAGCUCAUCAACUUGGCCAUGAAACAGUUAAUAGACGAGAAGACUGGCUUCAGCAUUGACAGGGAUCUGCUUACCAAACUGAGUAAAAAUGUGGCCAAGAAGCAAUCAUUCUUGAAGCGAGACCUGGACGCUCGCUCGCUAUCCGAGGCGUAUAGACUGAUGUUCCACCUGCCCGCAACGGAGAAGCUGGACGGCAGCACGGAAGCCACCCUAUGGACACCCUACAACAAGACCCAUGUCUGGGGCCGCAUGUUUAUAUCUCAGAACUACAUCUGCUUCGACAGCAGGGUGAAGGGACUGGUGAGCCUUGUCCUGCCGCUGAGGGACGUGUCGCAGAUAGAGCGGGCCGAGAAUCAGCCGUCCAACCCGUCUGUAGACCACUCUAUACUGAUCACCACUCGCACAGCACAAAGGGCAACAUUUCUCUUCUCGCAGAUACACGACCGGGACUUUGUUGUGCAGAAAUUGUCAGAUUUGCUUGCCAAGAUCAGGAUGGUAGCUUUAGCGAGGGAAUUAAGUGUCUCAAGAACAAAUAGUUUAUCCGGAGAUGAAGAUGAGUGGAAGAUCCAGCCACCAAUGAUGUCCAUGUUCAAGCCGUCACCUAGUCCAGAGUCCAAGGCUAGGCAGGAAGUAAAGGCCAAACAAUGGGAGCUUCACUUCUCCGAGUACGGACGCGGCGUGUCCAUGUACCGUACCACAGAGAUCGCCAAACUGGUGCUUCAAGGGAUCCCUGACUCUCUGCGCAGAGAAGUCUGGAUGAAUUUCUCUGGUGCUUGGAAUGAGAUGGCAAGCAACCCUGGCGUGUACCGAGAUCUGGUCAACAAGAACAUCAAUGUUCAAUCGACAUCAAGUGAUGAGAUAGAGCGAGAUCUGCACCGCUCCCUGCCUGAGCAUCAGGCCUUCCAGUCCGAGAUUGGUAUUGGAGCCUUGCGCAGGGUUCUGGUGGCUUAUGCCGCCAGGAAUCCACAAAUAGGGUACUGUCAGGCCAUGAACAUAGUGACCAGUGUGCUACUGAUCUACUGUACGGAAGAGGAGGCGUUCUGGCAGUUAGUGUGCGUGUGCGAGAGUCUGCUGCCGGACUACUACAACACCAAGGUGGUGGGUGCUCUCGUAGACCAGGGUGUGUUGGACGACCUGAUAGCAGAACACUUGCCCCAUCUGCAUACCGCUCUGCAGCAGCUGGGCAUGAUCAAGAUGAUCUCACUUUCCUGGUUCCUCACCAUAUUCCUCAGUGUGAUGCCAUAUAGCAGUGCUGUCAACAUUGUGGAUUGCUUCUUCUACGAUGGUGCCAGGGUCAUCUUCCAGGUGGCCCUGACUAUACUAGAGACCAACCAAGAUAAAUUGCUGGAGUGUAACGAUGACGGUGAAGCCAUGCAGCAGUUGUGUGACUAUCUGUCUGGGGUCUACAAUGAUGAGGAUCCCCACAGGGCUAUCAUCAGAGACGGCAUCCCCGUCAACAAGAGUGUGUCAGUGCAGUCGCUGCUGUACGAUUCGUACACCAAGUACGGCUCACUGACAGCUGGAGAGUUGGAGCGCUUGCGGAUCAAACAUCGGCUCAAGGUGGUCCAGUCACUAGAGGAUGGGCUCAGUCGCAAUAUCAUGCGCUCCAUCGUUACCGACGGCUACUUCAAACAGGAGGAGCUAAUGGAGCUGCUCCAGUUCAUACGAGAGGAGCUGUUGAGUGGGCAGAAGCAGCAGGAGGAGCGUUACGACCCUUCCAAGCCACCGUACGAGGCCUACUGCAUAGAUUACGAGCUGUUCCAGGCCCUCUUCACAGGGAUCUCACCCUGGGGCAAGGGUGCCAGGCCCAAUGACCUCUCUGCCAGGCUGUUCAGACUGAUGGACCGUAACGGUGACGGUCUGCUGAACGUGAGGGAGGUGGUGACGGCCCUGGGUCUCACCUGUACGGCGGAACUGACACAGAGGCUGAGGCUGCUGUAUAUCCUGCACCUGCCCCCCCUGCUGCCCACCGCAGACAUUGAGUCCCCUUCACUCUCAGAGGAUGGUGCAGAGAUUGCGACCGAAGCAACAGACUUCUUUGAGGACAGUCUGCAGCUGAAUGCGGGCUCUGACUCGUCGACUCCAGUCCUGGAACGUUCUGCCAGCACCAGUAGUCAGCCGCCACUUGGGUGUGAGGAAACCUGGGAAGUGCGCAGUAUGAACUCGCUCCGUGCGCUGAUGGAUGCGCCCAGGGGCAAGGGCACACCGCGUAUGUCUCAGCCACACUUCAUCGCCCUGUGGCGCUCUCUACACGACAUCCUCACUGCACAGCCGGACGACCAACAGAUGUACCACGCCAUCGCAUCCAUCGGGACCUUGCUGCUUCAGUUGGGGGAUGUUGGUAAGAAGUUCUAUGCGGCUAGAGAUGAAUCUAACGAGAGCCUCGUUCAAGCGGCAGACCAAUGGCAGAGUCCGACUGACACAGUCUCCGAUCGUAACGGUAACCCAGGGAGUCUGGCAGAUGCCGAGUGGUCGAUAGCCCUGGAACAGUUCAUAGCCACCACACUGACUGGACAACCCAUCGUAGACUUCUUCAGCCAAAGGGUAGACAUUGUUGAGGCAGUGAGCCACAUGCGCAGACGACGCUUCACCACUAUACACACUCUGGCUGACCUCCAGUGACAGGUGAGUGAUGGCCUCCAUACAGACUGGGCAAGCCAUCGUAGACUUCUUCAGCCAAAGGGUAGACAUUGUUGAGGCAGUGAGCCACAUGCGCAGACGACGCUUCACCACUAUACACACUCUGGCUGACCUCCAGUGACAGAUCGUUUGGGUCCAUGAGUGUUAUCCAAAUUAAUCCAUGGACUCAAUAUUGUAUAUGAAAGAAUCACCCACGUGGAAGGCAGAUGGAAUAUAUGCUAAACUAAUUGUAAAUUAAUUUGAAGAUUUGAAGUGUGAUAUAGUAGUGUACAAGAUGGUUAUAUAGAUGCGUUGUUAUAUUUUUAAUGUUUAAUAUUUUGUAUUAUUUUAUUGUGAUUUAUUUGUGAAAGUGUGUAUGGUUAUUGUUUUAUAAAUUUACAUUCCGUAGGAUUACUUCCAAUAAUAUAACAAGUUUUAUAUAAGUAGUGCCAUAGGUAUUUCCUUUUACCUCCCCUGAACUGUGCAAUAUCUUUGUCAAUCAAAUAUGUUGUCCCAAAAUGUAUAUUUAAAUAUAUUAUAUAACAGUGAAUAUUCACGCAUAAUAUUUAUAGUGGUUUUAUUUAAAUAUGUGACUGUACAGAUUUCAAUAAUGGUAUUAAUUGUAUGAAAAUCAUUAAAGCUUUAUCCAAUGGAAAUGGUAUUUUAAAAUGCUCGACUAGUUAUUAAGUAAAAUAAGUUUAUAUAAGAGUCAAAAAGUGACUUCUUAAUAAAGUAAGAAAUGUAUAAUUGUAUUUUGUUUUCGAUGGUGUACGUACCUGCUUCAAUGUAGGCCUAAGAAUGUGCUUUAUUUUUGUACAAAUGAAGAAUGUUGCUUUUAGUAAAAUUUGUAUUGGAUGUCACUUAGAUUUUUUAAAGGAACAGAAGUCGUAAAGUGUAAACGUAGUUUCAAAAAUAUUGUACGUAGAAAUACUAAAAAGGAUAAAACAUAUAGAUCUAGUUGCAAAUACAGUAUGUUUUGUAGGCUAAUGACAUUUGUAGGUCAGGAAGCCUAUCCCUAGAUGUUAUGGACAAACUAAAAAUUUGCAAUAUCUAUUAUCUUUCACCCUGAUCAUGAUAGAUAAGAUUGUUGACAAUAUUAAAACCAGUUGUGUACGAUGUUGAUUUGGCUGCAAAUUUUGAUUAUGGUGUAAACGUAUUUUAUGAUAGAUGUAAAUAACAAAGCUGUGUAAAAUCCCUGAAUUCUGUGCUUAAAUAUUGUUAUUGAUGUGUAUGCUUUCCAGGGUUAAAGAGACUCUCCAAGCAACAAUUUAUUAACCUACAAGAAAGUGAUUGUGCAAGAAAAAGUCAAAUGUAUUUUGUGAUCCCAAAGAUCUCAGAAUGUGUCUUUGAAAAAUGGCAGACCAUCCCAAAUUGCCAGUGUCCUAAUAUAAGCAUGUUUGUAAGAAUUCCAUAUUACCAUUUUCCGGCUGUGGUCUGUACAUCCUCAUUGUAUUCUUUAGUAAAAGAUGAUUAUUUUAACUCUGGUUUGGCAGUUGCUGAAACCUAUCACUCAAUGGGCUGGAAAACUGAAAUUUCUAUCUGCUUGUCUAUCUGCACGUUGUCUCUAAAACAAACUUGCCUCUAGACUUGAAACUUUAUUUUUAUACUGGCAACACCGAGUUCGAUGAUCGUGAAUGUCACUCCAUGGGAUUUGGCUGUGCUUGGGGUACACGUAUAAAAAUAUAAUGAAAAAAAUUUUUUGUGGAAAAUUGCAAAGCCUACAUACAUUUCUUGUUAUACGUAGACGUUUGACGUAAAAAAACCGACUACAGAUUUAUGCCAUUAUUAUUUAAAAAUUCGACGUUAAAUAAAAAAGUCCAGAAAAACACUGAUGUUGUGAAUGUAUUAAAGUUUAAAAUGUCCUAUUAUUAUUUACAUGUUAAAUGUUGCUAGGAGAUUGUUUUAACUUACAGUUUAUUUAUUUGUAUAAUUACCCACUUAAUGAUAUUUAAUCGUUUAGAAUUAAUUUAAUGUGACUGUCAAGGACUUCCGCAAUAUCUCUGCACGCUGUAUAGCUGAUUCCCCUGGGCUAGUGCUAGUUGUCAAAAAAGUUUUCCACUCAUUUAAUUGAAUAAAAAUUAAAGUCUUAGCAAUCACUAGACUAUGAUAAAAAUUCUUAGUCUUAGUAAAAAUUACGUUUAGUUGCUUUAAUCUGCGUUUAGAUCUGGAUAUUUUAUGUGAAACUAAUAAAUUGUUGGGUUUUGUUACGUUAUGAUAAACUAUUUUUCUUUAAAGCAUAACUUUGUAGCACUCUCUUAGUAACUUUCAUACUUUUGUAUUACCAUAAUUUUUUAUUUUCCCAGUUGAAUAAUAUGUACAAAUAAUAAAGAUUACAUUAAAAUGGUUUA